AUGGCGAUCAGGGUUCCUCGCAUGCUACAAUCAUCAAAGCAGAUUCUCCGUCAAGCAAAACUGUUGUCAUCUUCUUCCUCUAGCUCUCUUGAUGUUCCAAAAGGCUACUUAGCCGUUUACGUAGGAGAAAGGAAGAUGAAGAGAUUUGUAGUUCCCAUAACUUACUUGAACGAACCUUCAUUUCAAGAUUUACUAAGAAGAGCAGAGGAAGAAUAUGGAUUUGAUCAUCCAAUGGGUGGCCUCACAAUUCCUUGCAGUGAAGAAGCCUUUAUCAAUCUUGCUUCUCUCCUCAUGAACUGAUCGAUCAAGACUCACUCAAAUAACUUUUUUCAUUGAUUUGUACAUUUUUUUUUUUUAAUUCCGAGUUAGUUUUCUUCAAGAGAUGAGAUGACAUCUCUCCUUGAAAGUGAAACUGAGACAUUGUAACACUCUUUUUGCUCACUUAAAAAAAAGUGAGUUGACUCAAAUCCCAUGCACGAUUC